AUGGUUCCAAGGUGGAAUUACUUCUUCCUUUAUGAUGGUUCCAAGGUCAAGGAAGAGGGAGAUCCCACCAGUGCUGGGAUUUGUUACUUUUAUCCUUCUCAGACUCUCCCCGACCAGCAGGAGCUGCUGUGUGGGCAGAUUGCUGGGGUGGUGCACUGCCUGACCGAGAUCUCUGGGGUUCCCCCGAGCCUCAUUCGCCUGAGGAAGCUCAAGUUUGCAGUCCUGGUGGAUGGAGACUACCUGUGGGCUCUGGGCUGUGCUGUGGAGCUCCCUGACAUCAGCUGCAGGCGGUUCCUGGAGCAGCUCAUCAGCCUCUUCACCUUCUACAACGGACCCGUGCGCCAGGCAUACAUGGUGUUUCCUCAGGAGGAACUGAGCAGGCAGUGGGACAGGUACAUUGAACAUAUCCAGAAAAAAACCAGCGACCUCCACAAGAUCUUCAAUUCUCUCUGGAAUCUGGACAAAACCAAGGUGGACCCCCUGCUUUUACUGAAGGCCACUCUCAUCUUGCAGACCUGCCAGCGCUCUCCCCACAUCUUGGCAGGCUGCAUCCUCUACAGAGGCUUGAUUGUGAGCACCCAGCUGCCACCUCCCCUCACUGCCAAAGUUCUUCUCCAAGGUGAUGAGUCUCCAGACCAGGGUGAGCCUGGAGGUGAGGAGCAGCAGGAGCCUGAUUCUCCAUUGCCACAGGGCGUCUGUAUCAUCCCAGUGUUCCUAACAGAGGAUGAAGUCUCCGUGCUCCGAGACUUCCCAGUGGAGUGGAUGACAAGGUCAUCUGUGUCCCCAGCGAGCCCUGAAGGAGAGAAGAAUGUUCUCUGCUCGCAGGCUGUUUCAGAAUCAACAGGAGUUCACAAAAAACAAGACCUGAAUAAUACCUCUCUGCAGGAGCCCCCUGAGCAAGCUUCAGGUGCAGCUGCACCAGAAGAUGCUGUGCAGACUGGCAGCCUUGCAAACACCACCCCUUGGAAGGGCUUCCCUGAGGUGGGAGCCAGUUCUGAGAAUUCUCCGACUGAAAAACUGAGCUGCCCAGACAGCAAAAGCUCAGAGCCCAGUAGAAAAGUGUCCUCCCCAUCAGAGACAGACAUGGAGCAGCUUUCGAGUCCUUCUGCACUCCAUACUCCUAAAUAUGCUGCAGCUACAGGUCUGUAUCUGGAAGGCUUUUCCUUUCCAAACCCUUACGCCCAGGAGCAGGAGAGCCAGACCAUGGUGGAAUCCCAUGUGGACUCUGAUGCUGAGCAGCUCAGUUUCCAAAGUUACCAUGGAGCCAGUGUCAGCCCAGAUGUUUGCUCUCCUGCCCAAGGGUCGAGCAGAAGGAAAUCAAGUGACCAGGAUGAGCACGGGACUCUGAGCCAAAGCAGUGGCUCUGGAGUGAGCAGCAGUGCAGCUGGAGGCAGAGUCUGGGACUUGGAUUGUCCAGCCAGUGCUGUACGAGCAGAGCUCCACAGCAGGAGUCCAUGGCCAGCUGGAGAGGUCCAGGAGAGCCUGCCUGGUGACCCAGCAGAGAACAGGCACUGUCCUGGGAGUGGGGAGAGCAGCUGGCCAUGGCAGGACAGCCCAGGAGCCCCGGUUGCUGUGGAGUCAGGCAGGCAGGGCAAACUGGUUCCCAUGAGCUUGUACGUGCACUGCAUUAAGGGGCUGGUCCUCUCCCUGCUGGCCGAAGCCCACCUGCCUGGGGACCAGAGCUCCGUUGAAGAUGUGUACCACAGCAGUCUGGCUUCUCUCAAUGGCCUCGAGGUUCACCUGAGGGAGACUCUGUCAAAAGACUCCUCAUCCUCAGCCAAGACAACCUACAGCUUCACUCACUAUGACUGCAUCCAGAAUGUGCUCACAGCCAACCUGCCCCACACGCCCGGCCCCCUGGACCGGCACUUCCUGAGAGCUGCCACCCUGAUCCACUCUGACUUCAGCCAGCUUCCCACUGCUUCAGAGGUGAUCAUUAGGUAAGCAAACAUAGCAGUUGCUGCCUGCCGGAGCCCCGUCCAGGAAACCUACUUCCAGCAGCUGGGCGCCGCGCCCCGCAACUCGGGCGUCCCCAACCCCCAUGACAGCGCCUUCAGCCUGCCCAGCAAGGCCAAGCAGAAGCUGCUGAAGCACGGGGUGAACCUGCUCUGA